AUGCUGCGCCUCCUCCCCGCCGUGGUGGCCUUCCUCUCUUUCACCCAGGGCGCCGUCUCCCUCCGCCCUCAACACCACACCCGCGCCGCGCACGACCUCACCAUCCGUGCUGACGCGCUCGCCAGCGCGAAGGCGGAUGUCGAGAGCUUCCUGGGCUCAGACAAGGGCGACAUGAUCCGCUCUGCGAUGUUCUCCUCCAUUAGAACUAGCUGGGAGCAGGGCACCGCUGCUGGCGGCGUUCUCGAGUACGACAACCCCGAGUACUCCGUGUUUGGCAGCGCACCUUUUUCCAACAAUGGUGCCGAGACGCCUCUGAUCCCGCUGCAGUUCGCUCUGAGCGCUGCUGUGCGUCAGACCGCUGAUGGGCGGUUGAGCCAAAAUAUUGGUGAUGCGCUCGAUGGCGCCGCUCUUGAUGGCGCCUCUUCUGGCUCUGUUGUUCUUAUGGGCACCUUCACGGACGUCGACCGCAAGGAGUACUGGGCUAACGCGUCUGCGCGUGAACUCGACUAUGUCCUCAAUGUCGCUCCCCGCACUUCCACCGGUGCGAUCUCACACCGCGCCGACUCGAAGCAAUACUGGGCGGAUGGCGUCUACAUGGGCUUCCCCUUCAUCGCAUACUACGGCGCUGUCACGAGCAACCAGACGCUCCUCCAGAUCGCGUACGACCAGUGCCGUCUCUACCGCGACGCGCUGCUCAUCGACGGGCCCACCGGCAAGCUCUGGGCGCACAUCUACGACGACAGCACGAAGACAUGGAGCGACGAGGGCAUCUGGGGAACCGGUAACGCCUGGGCCGCGCUCGGUAUUCUGCGUGUUGCUGUGACGAUCGAGAAGACGGAGCAUGCGCAGCACAUGACGAACCAGACGACCGAGCUCUAUGCAUGGGUCAAGGAGAUCCUCGACGGCGAGUUUGCCGCCAUCAACGACGACAACCUCUUCCCCGACUACAUCACCGGCGGCCCCAACUUCUCCGACGCCGCGACGUCCGCUGCGCUCGCCUCGGUCGCGUUCCGCGCCGCGACGCUGCACCCCGAGACGUUCGGGCUGAACUACACGCUCAAGGCCGACAAGGUGCGCCAGGCGGUGCUCGACAACCUCACGGAGCUCGGCACGAUCAGCCCGAUCGUCGACCCGCUCGUGUGGGACCAGGUCGGGACGCUGUCGACGGAGUCGCAGGCGUUCGGGCUGAUGAUGGUCGCCGCGUGGAGAGACUGGGUAUUCCCUCUCUGA